CCGGUCGCUGGGCCGGGCCGGGACCGGGGCCCCUCGCUCGGGCGCGCCGUGAGUCGGGCGCUCGGUGGGGCCGGGGCCGGGAGACGCCGCCAUGUUCGACUGCCUGGAGGCGCUGUCGGGGCCGCGGCGGCUGCACGACGUGACGAACCGCGGGGCCUGCGCGCUGCGCAAGGCGGGGCUGGGGCCGCGCUGCGGGGCUCUGCCGGCCUGCGCCUGGCCCGCCCGCCGCGCCGUGGAGACCCCGAGCAGGAGCCUGGGGGACAUGGUGCCCAGCUCGCCCUCGCCGCCGCCCCCGCCCCGUGUCUACAAGCCCUGCUUCGUCUGCAGUGACAAGUCCUCAGGCUACCACUACGGCGUCAGCUCCUGCGAGGGCUGCAAGGGCUUUUUCCGCCGCAGCAUCCAGAAGAACAUGGUGUACACAUGUCACCGGGACAAGAACUGCCAGAUCAACAAGGUGACGCGCAACCGCUGCCAGUUCUGCCGCCUCCAGAAGUGCUUCGAGGUCGGCAUGUCCAAGGAAGCCGUCCGCAAUGACAAGAGCAAGAAGAAGAAAGAAGUGAAGGAGGAGCUGGUGGCUGAGAGCUACGAGCUGAGUGCAGAGCUGGAGGAGCUGGUGCAGAAGGUCAGGAGAGCCCACCAAGAGACCUUCCCCUCCCUCUGCCAGCUGGGCAAAUACACCACGAACUCGAGCGCUGAGCACCGGGUGCAGCUGGACCUGGGGCUGUGGGACAAGUUCAGUGAAUUGGCCACCAAAUGCAUCAUCAAGAUCGUGGAGUUUGCCAAGCGCCUGCCUGGCUUCACCGCCCUCAGCAUGGCCGACCAGAUCACCCUCCUCAAGGCUGCCUGCCUCGACAUCCUGAUGCUGCGGAUCUGCACGCGUUACACGCCCGAGCAGGACACCAUGACCUUCUCUGACGGGCUGACGCUGAACCGCACGCAGAUGCACAACGCCGGCUUCGGGCCCCUCACGGACCUGGUGUUCGCCUUCGCCGGGCAGCUGCUGCCCCUGCAGAUGGACGACACCGAAACCGGGCUCCUCAGCGCCAUCUGCCUCAUCUGCGGAGACCGCAUGGAGCUGGAGGAGCCGCAGAAGGUGGAGCGGCUGCAGGAGCCGCUGCUCGAGGCGCUCAAGGGCUACGCGCGGCGGCGGCGGCCCCGGCAGCCGCACAUGUUCCCGAGGAUGCUCAUGAAGAUCACGGACCUGCGCGGCAUCAGCACCAAGGGCGCAGAACGAGCCAUCACGCUGCGGAUGGAGAUCCCGGGGCCGAUGCCACCCCUCAUCCGGGAGAUGCUGGAGAACCCUGAGAUGUUCCAAGAGCAGGAAGGGGAGGGGGCGCAGCCUCCUCCUCCCCCAGAGCCCCCCACUGCCCAGGACAGCCCCCCCGGCCCCCCCCCUCUCCCCAUAGUGCCCCCCACACUGGGGGGGGCCCAUAACCACCCUGCUGGGGUUGCACGUUCACGUCUGCCUUCCAGGCCCCCCCCCCUUUGCUCUGGGGAGGGGGAACCCCCACAGUGCCUCCCCCCAAAGUUUGGGGGGGUUCCAGACACUGAUGGAGCUGGCCUGGGGGGGACCCUGUGGCACAGCUAUUGCCUUAAGCUUGGGGGGCCCGGGGACCCCCCCCCCACCCCAAACUCAGCUUCAUGCCAAAGCCCUCCUCCACCCUGCUGCCCCCCCCCCCCCGUACUGGGGGGAUUGGAGGGGGGGCAGCGAUGGGCAGGAAUCGUGCCUCCAAAUGAAUGCCUGACCCUGGUGUGCCCCCCUGUGCCCCCCCCCUCCAGGCAAGCUGAGGGGGGGUAGCAUCUGGGAUUUUAUUUAUUGGAGACAGGGUGGAUUACUGGGGGGGGGAGGGGCACCCCUUCUUCCCCAGUCCUUGGGCACUGCAGAGCUGCAGGCAGGACUCCCCCCUCCCUUUAGGGGAGGGGACACGGGGGCAUUUUAUUUGCUGGUUUAUUUUAUAUUGGGGGGUUUGCGCUGCUUGUGGGUUUUGCUUUUUGAUGCUUUGGGGGUGGGAGGACCCCAAAAUUCCCCCCUACUUCCCGCCAGCACACAACACUAUAGAGACCAAAGAUGGGGGGCACUAGGUGAACCCUCCCAAAAAAAAAUCCCGCCCUAGUAUUGCUGGAGGGAUCCUAAGCCAUAGCCCCAGUCACCCCAUGCCAGGGGGGUCAUGCCCGGUGUGUCCCCCCCCCAAAGCAGAUUUUGGGGGGGGAGCACAACUGUCCCCAAGACCAAACUGCCCUCCCCAAAUGACUGUUACCCCAGCCUGGCUGGAUUUGGGGGGGGGGGGGGCGUGUGUGUGUGUGCACCCUGCCCUCCCCCCCCCACCAUUUACCCCCCCCCCCAAUCUGGGGGUGCACUUUCCUCGGGGGGGGUCCGUUACACUACACGGGGGGUGCCCCCCCCCGGGCAGCACUUUUCCCCCCGUUAUUUAUUCCUUUGCGUUUACACCGGGGCCCCCCCGGACUCGGGGGGAGGGGAGGGGUGAGGGGUCGCCCCCCGCCGCCGCCCCGCUCCCCCCCGCCAGCCGCUCCCCGCCUUCCCCCGCCGUCGGUGUCGAAGCUGUCAGUCCCCGCUGACAGGAGGGGCCCUCGCCAUGUUUACAGCCCACCCGCCCCCUCGCCGGGGGGGACUCGGGACUUUUCUAUUUUUGCAAAAUAAAGGAAUGGAAAUUUA